CGAACACAAAAAUUCUCAAAACUAGCUUAAACUAGAUCAUAUCCCUUCACUUCUAAUAGAGGCCAAAGAAAUAAAAUGGUCUCAGAAACCACUCUCAAGCUUCCAAUCAUUGACUUCAAUAGCCUUGACUUGGAAUGCAAAAACCCUAAGUGGGACGAAGUGAAAUCUCAAGUCAUCAAAGCGCUUAAAGAGUACGGUUGCUUUGAGGCUUUGUUUGACAAUGUUCCUUUAGACCUUCGAAAAUCCUUAUUUGUCGUGCUCAAAGACCUUUUUGAUCUCCCUCAUGAAACCAAGCUACGAAACGUGUAUGAGAUCCCUUAUUAUGGUUAUAUUGGAAAGGGGCCCAGAAGUCCACUGUACGAGAGCAUUGGGAUCGAUGAACCAAAUGUUCUUGAGAAAGUAGAGAGCGUGGAGAAAACCUUGUGGCCUGAAGGUUACCAAAGUUUCAGCAAAGCUGUGCAAGCCUUCUCAGAGAACCUAUCAGAGCUGGAGAAGAUUUUUAGGAAGAUGGUUCUGGAAAGUUUAGGAGUCGAUAAGUACUUGGAAGAGCACAUGAACUCAAGCAGUUAUCUUCUGAGGGUUAUGAAAUACACGGCUCCUCAAACUGAAGACGAAAAGAUGGGUGUAAGUCCUCACACAGAUGGGGGCAUAGUGACAAUACUGUAUCAGAAUGAAGUUCAGGGCUUAGAGGUUGAAACCAAAGAUGGAAAAUGGAUCAAGCCCUCGCCUCAUAGUUUUGUCGUUAUGCUUGGCGACUGUCUCUACGCUUGGACAAAUGGAAGGCUGGAAGCUGCGUUUCACAGAGUGAUGAUGAGAGGAAAAGAGGAGAGAUACUCAGCGGCAUUGUUUUCAAAGCCAAAAAGAGGUUACUUAGUAAAAGCCCCUGAGGAGCUUGUGGAUGAGGACCACCCUCUUCUGUUUAAGCCCUUUGAGUUCAUCGAGUUUCUCGACUAUUACCAUACUGACGAUGCCAGGAGACACAGAAUCCCUCUCAAGGCUUAUUGUGGUCUUUCAUUAUAAUUUUAUUGCUAUUAUCUAUGCUUUCAGUCUACAUUAUUGUGGAAUAAAAUAUUGUAUAUAGUAGUGCUAUUGAAAUAAAUAUAAGUAAGAGAAUGCCAUAAUAUAAAUAAUGACAUCGAUUAAAAUUGAAGUUUAAAUUUGAAAUAAGAUGCGGUGUCUUUCAUUC